AUGGGUGUCAACGGCCUCUGGACCGUGGUGCAGCCAUGCGCGCGUCCAACCAAUCUCGCAACCCUCAAUCGCAAGCGCCUGGCUGUCGAUGCUUCCAUCUGGAUAUACCAAUUCCUCAAAGCUGUGCGUGAUAAAGAAGGUAAUGCGCUGCGCAACUCCCACGUCGUCGGCUUCUUCCGCCGCAUAUGCAAACUCCUGUGGUUCGGCAUCCAGCCUGUUUUCGUCUUUGACGGCGGAGCACCGGCCCUCAAGAGAUCCACCAUACAAAAAAGACAGAGGAGGCGCGAGGGCCGAAGGGAAGAUGCCGUCAGGACUGCGGGGAAGCUCCUCGCUGUGCAGAUGCAGCGCAUCGCUGUUGAGGAGGAGGAAAGGCGGAGGAGAGUUGACGGCGGCGAUUUUGCCGCCAGAGAGGACGAGGCUUUACGCGAAGAAAUCCCCGAUGCAAGUAGGAUUGCCUACGCCGACGAGGUUGGCAUGACGCAAAAGGAAAAGAUGCAAUCUCGACGAUUUCACAAGCAGGAUGCCUACCAUCUUCCCGAGCUUCAAGAUGAUAUCCCGUCCACGGGUAAAUCAGAUGACCCGCGAAUCAUGAGCAUCGACGAGCUAGAAGAGUAUGCGCGUCAGUUCAACAAUGGAGAAGACAUUAACCUCUACGACUUUAGCAAGAUUGACUUUGAUGGCGACUUUUUCAAGAGCCUGCCGCCUCCCGAUCGCUACAAUAUCUUGAAUGCAGCGAGACUGAGAAGCAGGCUUAGAAUGGGUCUGAGCAAGGACCAGUUGGACGACAUGUUCCCCGAUCGCAUGGCCUUCUCGAGAUUUCAGAUUGAACGCGUCAAGGAGAGAAAUCAUCUCACCCAGAGGCUGAUGUAUGAGGUUGGCAUGGUUGGCACAGACUUGACACUCGGCGUCAAUGCUCGGGUUGCUGGAGAAAAGGAUCGCGAGUAUAUCCUUGUUAAAAAUGAGGGCGUCGAAGGUGGAUGGGCUCUCGGCGUCGUCAGCAAGGAGAAGGACAUAGGCGAAGCCCACAAGCCAAUCGACGUCGAUGCUAUUCAGGUUCAUUACCAAACUAAGGACGAGCAAGAUGCCGAUGAGGAUGACGAUGUCUACUUCGAGGAUGUUCCCAUCGAGGGGCUCAAUAGACUGCCGAAGCCAAAGCUGUCUUCCACGGCGGCAAGCUUACAAGCCGCGCAGGACAUUUCUGAACGGAGACGGCAAUAUUAUGACAGCCGAAGGGGCAAGCCUGCAGAAGACCAAGACAUGGAAGGCUCACUGUUCGUCGGAGGAAAUACAGGCGAAGACGUCCCCGUCCUUGAGAAUGCCACUACAGAAGACCGACUACAUCCUGAGGAAGAAGAUGAUUUGAAUCGCGCGAUUGCCUUGUCUCUGGAAAAUCAGCAUGACUUGGAUGGCGGGUCUGAGGACGGUGGCAUUUUUGAAGAUGUGCCGGUAGGUCACCAACCUGAAUGGACUCAAAAAGCUGUCGACGCACCAAGGCCCAUUAUCGGCAGGGGGGGCUCAACGAUUGCCCACAUUGUCAACAAUCGAGCGAAUGCAUCCGUGCCUAAGCGCAAUGAGGGAAAGAAUACCUUGGGUAGCGACAGCGAGGAUGAUAUGGAAGCUCUGCUGGCCAAGUCACGAAUGGCCAAACGACCUCAACCGAAGCCAGUCUUUGAGAAUAAGAAGAACCCAUUUGAUGGACCACUUCCAUUUCCGAAGCUGAAGUGGGGUUCGUCCUUGUUUGCAAAACGGUCUGCUCAGACGGAUGCAGCCCAAACCGAUGAAGCUGAAGCCGCGGGUAAGAAUGACAUUGAAGAUGACAUGGCUGGCGGGUUUGAAAUAGUGAAGCGAGUUGACGAUGAGCCGGCGCCAUUGCCACCAUGGCUGGUUGAUGACACGGACAUCAGGGAUUCGUUGAAGAAGCAGCAGGCUGCAGAGCGGGAGAUCAAUGCCGAGGAUAAAAUGAGGGCGGAAGAGGAAGAGCGUCUUCGACGAAAGGAGAUGCAUCAGGGCACGAUUGAGAUUGACUCGUCGUCCGACGACGGAAGCGAUAUUCAGAUUGUGGAGAUUGCUCCUUCGCCGACGCCAGCAGCGAGCGAAGCGGACGAGAAGGUGGUUCCGGCACAAAAGUCGGAGGCACAGGCACAAACCUCCCCAGACGAGCAGAAGAGCACAGCGGAAUCCCCAGAGCCAACUGUUGAAGAUGCGGCGCCGCCGCUGGCUGCUGAAAAUCGACUAUCAACUGAACCUGGAAACAAAUCCGAAUCCCCGGAGCCAAUGUUUGAGGACGUUUUACCAACAGAGCCAACCAUGACUACUCCUCCUGGCAAACCAACAGAGGUCGACUCGUUUGAAGGCGUCCAGCCUGUGAACCCGCCGGCCUCGAACCCCGCUCAGCCGGCUACAGAAACCGACGAUCCCUUCGCCGACGUCGAAUACGAAGAAUUCAGCGAUCCUGAAGACGAAGAGCUCCUGGCCCAAAUGGCCGAAGAAGCCGAGGAGCAUGCCCGCUUCGCCAGCGAGCUCAACAACAAAUCCGCCCAAGAGAAUCGCCAAGACUACGAGAAAGAGCUCCGGCAGCUCCGUAACCAACAAAAAAAGGACCGCCGCGACGCGGACGAAGUCACGCAGGUCAUGGUCACAGAGUGUCAGGCCCUCCUCCGACUCUUCGGCAUCCCCUAUAUGACGGCCCCCAUGGAGGCGGAAGCCCAGUGCGCAGAGCUCGUAAGGAUAGGCAUCGCGGACGGCAUCGUGACAGACGAUUCCGACACGUUCCUGUUCGGCGGCACCAGGGUGUACAAGAACAUGUUCAAUAGCAACAAGUUUGUAGAGUGCUAUAUCGGCACAGAUCUCGAAAAGGAGCUGUCCCUGUCACGACACCAGCUCAUUUCGCUAGCGCAGCUCCUUGGAUCCGACUACACGGAGGGACUGCCGGGUGUAGGCCCCGUCGCGGCCGUCGAGAUCCUGUCCGAGUUUCCCGGGAGAACAGGCCUGCAAGACUUCCGCGAGUGGUGGACCUCUGUGCAGGCACAGUCCCGCCCCAAGGAACAGGAUGCGUCGUCGCCGUUUCGCAAGAAGUUCCGCAAGGCCCAGGCCACGAAGCUCUUCUUGCCGCCGGGCUUUCCUAGCCCCGCCGUGUACGAGGCGUAUCUCCAUCCCGAGGUGGACGACUCCACCGAGCCGUUUCAAUGGGGCGUGCCUGAUCUCGAGGGCCUGCGGAGGUUCCUCAUGGCGACUAUCGGGUGGAGCAAGGAGCGAACGGAUGAGGUGCUGGUCCCCGUGAUAAGGGACAUGAACAAGCGCGAUGCGGAGGGCACGCAGAGCAACAUCACAAGGUUCUUUGGCGGUGGUGUCGGUGCUGGUGCGAGAGAGGCGUUUGCGCCGAGGGCGAACAGGGUCAAGGGGAGUAAGAGGAUGGCGGCUGCGGUCGAGAAGUUGAAGGCGAACGCCGGGGAGGGGGCGAGCAAGCGGCGGAGAAGGGAUGUUGUUGACGACGACGAUGAGUGA